AUGUGUGGCCCAUGCGCAUCCUCAGCAUGCGUGACCUUCUCCUUUCCGUACGCACUCGACGCGUGCAGUGGCGAGUGCCGUUGUACCGGCGGCUUCACGAUGCUCUACGAUGGCUCCUGUGUGCCCGCUAUGGCGUACCAAUCGAUGGUCGCGGCUGUCGCAGGUACGGCAGUCCUAUCUCCGCCGAACAUCGUCAACAGCGGCACAACUGGGUCUCAGACUACGACUUUUCCUGUGCAGGCAUACUCGAUCGGCGCCGCCGUGCUGUGCGGCCGCGGCAACAGCACUGUGUGCAAUCUGCUGGCAAACCUAUGUGUCACGCUGAAUUACGAAGUCACCGCCAUGCCCUAUGCGCUGUGCCAGCGCAUCAAGCAGAGCACGUCGUGCGAUGCGUCGCGGUGCGAGACAGUGGACGGACUUCCAUGGUUGUCUUACACCCGCCGUACCGCGGAAGUCUUGAGCAGCGCAGCGACAAAGAUUCGCACCUCGGCUAGCCAAGAGCUGCGGUUUGUCGUGUCGGCGUUUGACCUGUACGGCAACUGGCUCAGGUAUCAGUCCUUGGCGAGCCAACUCAACCCGUGCUUUCUUGUGAACACAGAGCUGCAGUCGUUUUUCGCUACUGGUGACACACGUGCCACAUCGUGCCAUAUCAACCGGCAUUGGUUCCUUCGCGCACACAGCACCCUCUUCUGUGAGGUUUACCUGCGACACCCUUCGAACGCGUCACGGCUGCUGCCUGUGCCCCUGCUUGCCGACUACUCCAACUACAGCUUCGGACAGGCGACGUUCCACAACCCGUGGCUGUACCGCAGCAGUGCCGCUGCCUUCAACGGCGUCCUGGCCGAAGGUGGUUUCUGAAGGCGGGUCAACGCCUACGACAAUGUGGGCGGCAGCGGCAACUCACGGCCUCGUUCGCUACCCAUCUAUGUCACAGCGCUACGCAGCGUCCAUCUUGUGCUCGGGACUGACCACCACGAUGAUCGCUACGUUACAAUUCCGCUUGUCGUCCACCAAUACGGGUCAAAAAUGGUGCUCACAAUGGCUGCUGCGGGAGCCGCCGACGACCUCGAAACAGUGCGGCAAGCGCCGCUCAACGCCAGUGGUCAGGCCGACUACGCACUCCGCUGCGAGAUGCAUUCCUGCUACUUGGCCAGCACCGAUUCUGUAAGUGACGAACUGGAGACUACGCUUACCAAUCCGUGCGUUUUGUGCUUUAUCUCGGCGGGGGUAGGCACGUAUGACUGGAUGCGAUGACGACAGUAUCUCGUUUUUAACUAGCUCCCGGCUCUGCUAUUCUUUGUCCACUUGCGCGGCCACCUCAACAACGUGCUCUUCAUCGUUGUCGCCGUUGUAUCGUGGUACAUCUUUAUCGCGUAUAAGAGCCAGUCAACUUUGUCGCGUACCAUGCGACUAAGUGACGUGUACGUGAACGCGAUGCUGUACGCAGCUGUCACAGCAAAUCGGUUUGCAGUGCUGUACCGGCUGGACGAGCAUUGUAACGCGGACUACUUUGCCAUCGACUGGCAGCGAUCCAAGGGGCAGCUGCUCCGCGAAAACAAGAUUGUGCCGGUGGGCAUGUGGCGCUCCACAUUCGUGGCGAACGGGCUACACGAGAUGCAGACACCGCGUUACUGGCGGCCACUGUUCACCAUUGGCGGUUAUUCUCCUCUUUCUGGUUCUUCUAGAUUACCAGAAAUGUCAGCCGGCGUCCCGCGCGGGAAGCGGCAGGUGGGCGGCAUGACCACCUCGUUCGACACCCUCCGCGUUGCGAUCGAUACAUUCUUCUGGGUGGCUGUGGCGCUGGUCAUGUACUUGUUGGAGUACCAGAUAUACUAUCGCUUUGUUGUUGUGCACCUUCUACAGGUGUUCGUCGACCUGUGCUCCGUGUCGAACAUCUCCAUCAUGAUCCUCUUAGAACAGUAGUGGGGCUUCUACAUCCAUGGCGAGUCCAUUCACGCUCACGCCGAGGUGAGUGUGGAGGAGUUUCAGAACCAUCUCUUUCUGGAGGCGCAGGAAAACCUGCCGGUACGUGGCUUGGGGGGCCAGAGCAAAUGCAAGUCUUUUAGUAUAUUUUUCGGGCCGUACACCCGCCAGUAUCUUUACCUGUGGUAUAUGGAGAUGCAUCUCGAGCACCAGCGUUCACUUGGGAAGCACAAGGGGGUCAUCAACCCAGUCAAGUGGCAUUUCCUCCGUUUUCUCCUUGGCUUUUUUUGAAAACAACGCGUCUACCCACAGACCGCCUUGGCCAUUCGCGACCGCAUUAACAACGCCUUCUAGCAAAGUGUGCGACACACGAAGAGCAAGCUUCUGGUGAAGUUUGUACUGCGAAAUUCGCUUUUUUUUUCGCCAAGCGUGAUGUACAUGAACGGGCCCCAGCGCGGCGAUCCUGGCAGCAAGGACCUCUGCUUCAUUGGCGGCGCUCACUCCUACGACCACGCGCUUCUAUGCAGGCUUGACUUUGAUCUUUUUGUGCUCUGUGCAGCCCUGUUUGCUCCGAUCGAUGCGUCGCUGCACAACUUCUACGCCACCAUGAUGCUCGCUUUCGGGGUGGAGAUUCUCGUUCAUUUUUAUCGCACCCGUGAGGGGUUCGUCAACUUGAGUCAGAAGACGAGGACUGAUGAGCAAUUUUUUAUUUAG